AUGGCUCCGUUGCCUCCAACCAGGCUCAUGCCUCAAAAGGUAUUCGAGCAUGUAGGGGUAGACAUCGGGGGUCCCUUUUAUAUUAAGGAAAGUUUACGUAAAAAUGCAAAGAUAACUAAGUCUUACUUAGCAUUGUUUAUCUGCUUUUCUACAAAAGCUGUGCAUUUGGAAGUUUUAUCUUCCUUGUCAGCUGAUUGUUUCCUCGCGAGUCUGGACCGAAUGACGUCACGCCGAGGGCUCUGCUCGGUCCUGUACUCAGAUCGCGGGUCAAAUUUCUCUGCUGCCAGCAAACAUUUAAACGAAGUGCAGCGAUUUUUGCGAGAUAACGAAGAUAUCACUGCGGGGUGCGCACAGAGACAAAUCUCCUGGAGGUUCAACGUAGCCAGUGCCCCAAAUAUGGGCGGGCUGUGGGAGGCUGGAAUUAAGUCUGCAAAGUACCACCUAGUGCGAAGCGUUGGUGAUAAAUACUUAACCUUUGAGGAACUUGCUACCGUGUUCUGUAAAGUCGAAGCAAUCCUCAAUUCCCGGCCUCUGUGUCCAUUGCCGUCAAGCGAUAAUCCGGAUGAAUUUAAUGUGUUGACAGCCGGUCAUUUUCUGAUAGGCAAAAGUUUAACGGCCGUGCCGGAAUAUCAACUUGAACUUGAGCCGAUCAGCAAAUUGUCGCGCUGGCAAUACCUUCAAAAAAGCUCGCAAUUAUUUUGGAAGCGAUGGAGUCGCGAGUAUUUAAACACGCUUCAACAGCGUGCAAAGUGGUUCACCUCAAAUAUUAAUAUUAAUGUGGGUGACUUAGUACUUAUUAAAGACGACAACGCGCCUCCUUGCCAUUGGCCGUUGGGCAAAAUAGAGGCCCUACAUCCCGGUCCCGAUGGUGUGGUUCGUUGUGUAACUUUACGCACGCAGAAGAGUCGGUUGCAACGACCGGUUAAUAAGUUAAGCCCUCUACCUUAUGUUAACUAA